AUGUCGAACCUCAAAGACUCCAAGAAAAGACGCGACAGCCCCAGCAAGACUAUGAAGGAUAACGGUCAGAUUAACACUGAAGCCCCCAGAGUGGAGACUCUCAAUGGCCAUCCGCUUCCACCAGCAAAUACAGCGUCCGGACAAGCAGUCAUCCUUGACCCACGCGGUCUGCCUCUGGUCCCGCAACCGAACUCGAACUCGGACCCUUUGGAUCCUUUGAACUGGUCAAAAUUGCAGAAAGCACUUGUGCUGUUCAUUGUUUCUUACGCCGGCUUCCUGUCCAUCUAUGUUACAACCGCACCGGUUGCAUCACUUCCGCUGCUGCAAGAGCACUUCGGCAUCAGUUACUCGGAGGUCAAUUGGUCUUUGGCUGUCCCAGCGCUUGGCCUAGCCGUUGGUAUUGUGCUAUUUGCGGGGUUCUCCGAUAUCUGGGGUCGUCGCCCCGUUCUUAUUGGUACCGCUCUCGUCGCCCUGGUAGCCACUGGUUGCUCAACGGCGGCCAAUUUGCCCUAUGGCGCUUAUCUGAUUCUUCGUCUCCUCCAAGGAAUUGGUGCCGGCCCUGCACUGAGUGUAGGAUUCGCCGUUGUGCAAGAUAUCACAUAUGAACACGAGAGAGGCUUCAAGACAGGCCUUUGGGUCUUGGCCAUCGACGUAGGGGGAAUGAUUGGUGCCCUCGGUGAGUUUGAUUGA